CAUUUCAUUCUUCUUUCCCAUACCCUCAAACAAAAAUAACGAAAUCGAACACCUCAACGUACAUUUCACCUUCUCCAAAAGAUGAAGGUGAUGAAAAUCUUGAUCUCCCUCGCCAUUACCAUGGCGCUCGCCAUAGCUAUCAUCACCACCACCACUACCAUUACUCAAACUAUUGACAAAUUCGAAAACAUGGAUCAUGAAAGGCUCUCAACUCCAAAGUUGCCACCGUUGAAGAAGAAAUUAGUUGCAAGUCGUUUUCUCAUCGAACAACAGAAACCGAAGAACCCUAGAGCAGCCGAUCACUGCCACAAGGACAACGAAAUAUGUACCGCUCUCGAAAUUGGCGGGACAAACACAACUUGCUGCAACAACAAAUGUAUCGAUUUAUCGUACGAUGACCAUAAUUGCGGUGCCUGCAAGAAGAAAUGUCCGUUUACGGAGACUUGCUGUAGGGGUGAAUGUGUAAAUUUGUCAUAUGAUAAAAGGCAUUGUGGAUAUUGCAACAACAGGUGCAUGACUGGUGGAUACUGUUUUUAUGGAAUGUGUGAUUACGCCUAA